AUGAAGGUCCUCGGGAUUCUCCUUGUCCUUCUUUCGUGGGCUGGCUAUGUUACGGCCAACAACAUGGAGAAGCUGGCGGCAGCUUUGCCCUCGUGCGCAGUGCAAUGCAUGGUGUCGACGAUCCCCCAUUCUCCCUGCACCCUCACAAACCAAACGUGUAUGUGUACCGAUCCAGUCUUUACCGGCACACUUGAGAUAUGUGUCCAAGCAAACUGUACCAUUCGCGAAUCUCUAGCUACGAAGAAUGUGACUUCAUCAGCUUGUGGACUGCCGAUUCGAGACCGGACCCGUGUGGUCUCCAUUGCCGGGGUUGCUGGAGGCGUUUUGGCACUGGUUGCUUUUUUUUUGCGCAUGAUCGCGAGGCUUCCAUGCUGUGGUGGUCAAUUUGGAAUGGAUGAUUUAGCAAUGAUCGUAACGAUGGUGAGAAACUUUGGCUUUGCGCAGUUGAGUCAAGCUAAUUCGCUCAGUCACUGGUCAUCCCUCUUUCUGCCUUUGGCCGAUUCGGGUCUGGGAAAAGACCUCUGGACAGUGCCGCCAGACAACAUCACGCAUAUUCUCUAUAUCUACUUCUACGACGAACUACUCUAUCUCAGUAUCAUCCCACUGACCAAGAUCUCCAUCUGUCUCUUCUACCUGCGUGUGUUUCCCGCGCGUCCUUUUCGAAUCACGACAUAUGUCGUAAUCGGGCUGAAUGCGGGCUACCUGAUUGUUUUCGUCCUAAUCUCGGUCUUCCAAUGCAGGCCCAUCAAGGGCGCCUGGCUGCACUGGGACGGGGAAGGCCACUACUCGUGUAACAACAUCAAUGCGCAAGGCUGGUCUGCAGCGGCCAUCAACAUGGUUCUGGAUUUGAUUGUUAUGGCCCUGCCACUGCGCGAGCUGUAUCGGCUUAACCUCUCACUGCGAAAGAAGCUUUUUGUCAUGUCCAUGUUCAGCUUAGGAGUCUUUGUCACUUUGGUCAGUAUCCUCCGACUCAACUCACUCAUCCAUUUUGCCGCGACCAAUAAUCUUACCUGGGACUAUGUCGAGAUCGGGUACUGGAGUACGAUCGAGGUCCAUGUGGGCAUCAUUUGCGCCUGUCUGCCGGCCAUUCGUGCCUUAAUGCGUCGUCUAUGUCCGACCCUGUUUGGAGACACUACUCGCGCAGCUUCCAAGCAAAGCGGGACUCGGUCGGGGAGAGCUGCUUCCAAAGGAGAGGGAAAUAUUCUCAAUCGUUCGAGCCUCAGUGGUUGGUCAGAAGGAAAGUUUGUGCCGUUGGUGGACUUGGAACAUCCCCCAAGAGACGCCGGUCGUCCAGCGUGA